AUGAACACCACAACAAACACAUCAGACUGCCCAGAGUUGAGCGUUCCUCUCUAUGUCUUCUUCACCAUCGGGUUAUUCAGUCUGAUGGAGAAUCUCUUAGUUGUGGUGGCCGUCAUAUAUAACAGAAACCUCCACUCUCCCAUGUACUUCUUCAUGUGUAGCCUGGCAGGCUUCAACACCAUAGCCAGCAUCACCAAGACCUGUGAGAACAUCCUACUUGUAUUUGCGGAUGUGGGACAUCUGGAGAAAGAAGGUUCCUCUGAGACCAAGCUUGAUGAUGUGAUAGACUCGUUGCUCUGUAUGUCCUUUGUGGGUUCAAUUUUCAGCUUCCUGGCCAUUGCUGUGGACCGAUUCGUCUCUAUAUUCCAUGCGCUUAGAUACCACAACAUCAUGACUAUACGGCGCACAGGGACCAGUUUAGGCAUCAUCUGGACAACAUGUGUGGUUUCAGCCAUAUUCCUGGUCAACUUCUUUCACUUCAAGUUCAUCAUGAUCUGCUUUGUUGCCCUUUUUAUCAUCGCCUUUGUCACCACCUGCUUCCUCUAUGCUCACAUAUUCAUGUUGGCACGUAUCCAUGCUAAAAAAAUUGGUACUCUUAACUCAGGUGGCGCAGAAAAAUCUCAUCAGAGGUCAUUGGGUAGCAGUAUGAGAGGAGCCCUAACACUCACUACCCUAUUUGGGACGUUUGUUGUGUGUUGGGUACCUUUUAUCCUCCAUCUUGUCAUCUUGACAGUGUGCCCGAAGAACCCCUAUUGCGAAUGUUUCAGAUCACUCUUCCAGCUCCAUGUAAUUCUGCUUAUGAGCCACGCCCUUAUCGAUCCCGCUAUCUAUGCCUUUCGCAGCACUGAGCUGAGGCACACGUUCAGGAAAAUGUUUCUUUGUUUUAAAGAGAUGUAG